GAAGGAAAUCAGACAGCCCCUGUGGCAUUUAUUCUCCUGGACUUCAAUAGUGAUGAUGUACCGAUACUACUUUUCAUCCUGUUUCUACCAAUCUACCUUGCAACCAUGGCUGGAAACAUCCUCAUUAUUAUUCUAGUGAUUCUUGAUCAGCAUCUUCACACACCCAUGUAUUUCUUCCUGGGAAACCUGUCAUGCCUGGAGACUUGUUACAGCUCAACUGUCAUGCCAAGGAUGCUGGUCAGUUUUCUGACUGGAGACAGAUCCAUUUCUGUUCAUGGAUGCUUUGCACAGCUAUAUUUCUUUGGGCUACUUGCAACUACAGAAUGUUACUUUCUGGCAGUGAUGUCUUAUGAUCGUUACUUAGCAAUAUGUAAGCCAUUGCAUUAUGCAAUACUCAUGAAUGGAAGAAUUUGCUUUCUGCUGAUUGCUGGAUCAUGGAUCAGUGGGUCACUACCUAUCAAUGUCAUGAUAUUCUUGGUAUCUCACCUGAGUUUCUGUGAGGCCAACAAAAUAAACCAUUUCUUCUGUGAUUUCACCCCAAUGAUAAGACUUUCCUGUGAUGACACCAAAGUGGCUGAAAUGACAGCCUUCAUUUUCUCCUCCAUAGGCACUCUGCCCCCUCUUUUAAUAACCAUGGCAUCUUAUGUUUGUAUUAUCAAGAGCAUUUUAAGGAUCCCAUCCACCACUGGGAAACAAAAAGCAUUUUCUACAUGUUCCUCUCACCUGACCGUGGUUGCUUGCUUCUAUGGCUCCCUGAUGAUAGUCUAUGUAUUACCAAACAAGAGUUAUCUGAGUGAGUUGAAGAAAGUAUUCUCUCUAUUCUAUACUUUGCUCACCCCACUGGUCAAUCCUCUUGUGUACAGUCUGAGGAACAAAGAAGUGAAGGAAGCAAUAAAGAAUACUUUAUUUAAGAUGAUUCAUAGAAUUCAUUAA